AUGGACACAGCAGUAGCAGCAGCAUCAACCAAACUCACAGAAAAAGAAGCUCAAAUUUAUGAUAGAGGUAUUAGACUUUGGGGUGUUGAUGCACAAACCAAAUUACGUCAAAGUAAAGUACUCUUUAUUGGUAUCAAUUCAUUAAUGUCAGAAAUUAUAAAAAAUGUAGUAUUGGUUGGUGUCGACAAAGUUGAAUUGGUCGAGGAUGCUUUGGCAACUUAUGAUAAAUUAGCAUGUAAUUUAUUUUUAAGUGAAGAUUCAAUUGGUAAAACCGUUGUUAGUGAAGCAAUUCAAAAAAUUAAUAGUUUAAAUCCACUAGUUACAGUAGAUUCAACAGAUAAAGAAUUUGAAACAAUGACAGAUGAUUUUGUUAAAGGUUAUGAUUUAGUUGUACUUUCACAUACAAACUUUUCCAAUGCCUAUAUAGUUAAUAAUCUUUGUAAAAAAAAUAAUAUUCCAUUCAUUUUAACAGGUACCUUUGGUUUACAUGGUUUUAUAUUUGAAGAUUUAAAUGAAUUUACAUACCAAAAGAGGGAUGAAAGUAAAGAGGGUUCUCUUAUUGAAACUCAUAAACUUUCAUAUAAAACAAUAAGCGAAUCUUUAAAAGGUGGAGUUUGGAAUAAAAGAGUUGAUCCACACUUUUUAGUUUUAUUCCUUUUAGCAAAAUUUGAAGAAAAACACAAUAGAGUUCCAGAUGUUUUACAAAAUAUCGAUACCGAAGAGUUAACAAGUAACCUCAAUGAAGUUAUUAAACAACACACCCUCAAACAAUCAGAAAUUGAUAAAAUUUUUAAAAUUACAAAGGAUACACUCCGUACAUUAAACGCAGAGGUUCCAACUACAUGCUCAGUUUUAGGUGGAAUUGCAGGUAUAGAGGUUAUUAGAAUUCUUUCAAGAAAUGGUACACCUAUCAAUAAUUGGUUGUUCCUUGACGUUGAAAAAGGAACCGGUAAUGUCGAAAUUUUAUAA